AUGCCCACCACGUCUAAAAAUAGCAAAUGGGAAACAGAGAUUAUAUCCCUACGCUGGCAGAUUAUUCUUGGUAUAUCAGGAGGUGUAAUCAUCGUUAUUAUUUGUUUUGCAUUGUACUGCAAAUUUCACAGAAAAAGACCGACUUCCCCUGGAUCAGAUAGUCAUAGCUUACGAUACCAGCCCCAGGAACCAUCAUAUAAUCAUCAAGACAGAACACCGAGGAGAGAAACAAACAAUCCUCAAUACAACAGAACACAUGAUGCUCCGCCGCCAUAUGUAGAUGUUCCAAUCAACAACACAAACAGUAGACCAGCAGUUCACAUUAAUCCUCAAAUUAACCUAAAUGUGACAGUCAAUUCAAAUGGUGACCAGCCACCUUCCUACACAUUUAGUGCUCCUACUGUAUAG